AUGGGUAUCGGAGGAGAUCCAACAGAUGGUUCACCGGGCGGAUUGCCCGUACCUACGACCAUAACGCCCAGCGAAGUGAGGAAGACGAGGUCGCACAGAGCUGCCUCUAUCUUUAAGAACUACCACUUGCUCCACGGCAUUCUCGAGCGUCAUGAAGCGACCAUCCAGAAACGAUGGAACAAACGCAGCAAUCCGCAGAAACGUGCGAUUCUCACGAAAGCCUGGGGGAGCAAAAUGCCCUCGGGCCACCGGCCAGAUUUCCAGCACUUGAGGAAAGGCACUGCAACCAUCCCGCAGAACGACAUGCAACACCGUCAGGAAUACAUGUGGCCCUUCAUUAACGAAGAAGAUCUCAUGAAGAGUAAGACGCUGCUCUUGUUCCUUAACGCUCGCGGACGCAACUCUCCUGCAGACUUUGCGGCUGCGGAUUUGGAAUCAAUGCAUGUUGGCUUGAUAACAGCGGCUGUGAUGCCGGCGUUCUUGAAUGAAUAUGUCAUGGUAUUCACAGGUCGACAUGACGCGGAAAGAUAUGGCGAGCUCCUCCACUGGGAUGAUCACACGGAGGCAUUCGAAUGGUUGAUGACCAAACGAUGCCCAAACCCAGGGGAAGGCCUUCUCAUACUCGAGUCGCAGGACAAAAUCAUGUCGUUCUUGGUCGCCACCGCCACGGAGAUCUUGCAUGAUAUUUCCGACCAACAACUUCUGGACUACCCGCUACAAGACCCGCCUCCGAUACCCGCAAACGAUUCUGGCUUCGACUCACUCGCUGCCAUGGCGUCCGAGGCGCCGUAUCGCGUGCCAGCUCGAUUGAGCUUCUCUCGUAUUGAAAGCCUUCUCGCCGCACGGAGAGAUGCAGCGGCCGAUAACAUGUGGGCACUCCGCGAAGACCCAGCGUACUACUCGGAGCUCCUACUAACAGCGCGGGAUCAUCGUCAUGAAACGCUUCCGGACCUCAAUGGACAUGUCCAUCCCCUUUUCCGUUUCGGGAGGGAGGAGAUUCUCUGGGCACGAGUGAUCGCCAACGAGAUUACGAAUGCUUUCAUACAGCUCGAAAUCUUCACAAAUUUGCAGGAGCAAGCAGCGAGAUUGAAGAAAAUGCAAGACCAGUAUAAUUGUGACGUCCAUCCCGAGAAGGACCUUCCGAAGCCUUAUCUUGAUGCUAUCCUACGCUUUCGCUAUUAUCUCAAAUAUGCCAGCAAAGGUCCCAUAGGACUUCUCAAGCACGCUCUCGUGUCGUCACCAGCGUUUCGUUCCAAGUUUGCUCGAAGACCAGAGGAGAGGCCAGAGGAACUCCGUAUCGACGUGAUGCGUAAAGCUGGGAAGAAAAUGGACCUAGAUGAGGCGGAGUUUUUGUGGCUGGCGACGAUACUCUGGGAGGAUGGACAUGAUCUGUCUGUUGUGCGGCUGCCCAUCAUCGUGGACGAGCUUCAGCGCCUGGUAGAUACGAGCGCGAAAACGAAAUCGCUCGUGUCAUCGCACAUUGCUGUGGGCAUGUCUGAUCUAGCGAUUGUUACAGAGUGUCUGCGACAGAUUGAUAUCUACCAGCCAUGGUCCAACCAAUUCGAAGAGCAGAUGGUGGACAGGACGGAGGCAAUCGAAAAAGAAUUUUCAAGAACGGCAGCGCCGUGGACCCGUCUCCUGAGAGCAGUGACGGGCAGUCAAACAGCUCUUGCAAAAUACGGAGCUGCAAGCGAGGGUAGAUUCAACUAUCCAAUUGAGAAACGACGAACACGUGAGACGACAGAGGCAAUGCAACGAGCCGAAGCCAACUUGGACUUGUUCUGGAAAAAAGUCGACGAGAUCUUGCAUUUAAACGCUGGUGAUCUGGACGGCUUCGCCGUGAAGACGCUUCUGCACGAGCGCGAGUUGCAGCGAACACCGGAUUGGGUGGAGCCGACGAAGUCCAAACCUGUUACCCGCAUCGAACCCUUGACGAGGCCACUGUCCGAAGUGUAUUUUGAUCUCGAGCAGCGGACAGAGCGAACAAUUCAACCAUCGGAUACUGUCAAAGAGAGAACCAAACGGAAGACACGUCCUGAGCCCAACGAGCAACAGUCCACACUCCCAGUUGAAGCCAAUGUCGCGCACGACAGCGAGGUCCAUCCGACCUUCGAGGUCGACCAGCGCGCACUCAAAGUCUUCCGCACCCUCUUCUACACGCCCUCGCUCACCGGCGCACCUGGUGAAGUGUCCUGGACCGACUUCCUACACGCUCUUCGAAGUGUCGGCUUCCUUGGCGAAAAACUCUACGGAUCAGUGUGGCAGUUCACGCCAACUAAAUUCGACGUCGAGAGAAGUAUUCAAUUCCACGAACCUCAUCCGAGCGGCAAGAUUCCUUUCUGGAAGGCGAGACGCCAUGGAAGACGACUGAGCAGAAAUUAUGGCUGGUUUGGAGAAAUGUUCAGUCUUUCGCAGAAAGCUGUCGCUUGA